AUGCUACCCUGUAAGUUCACGGAAGAGAUUCCGAUCGUUGCAGCGUUUCCGGAUGUUUACCAGACAGAGAGCAACUACAGAGCCAUCGGACUCGAUCGUCCCAUGCCGCACAACAAGGAGCAUCAUCUUGGCUUGCUCUGUUCGCGAUGGAAUCUACGUCCGCAGGAGGUGCGGGUGGUCGUUCUGAUCGAUGAUGACUACUCCAACGUGGACGCGGCGAUCCGCCAUGGCUACAACGCUAUCUUCGUUAGGUAG